CAGACAAGCUCUGUAUCUGUUUACAUAUCGGCCUGCCCCUUCAUAUACGGGAAGAUUUUUUGUAACACCCAAAAGCAUGGAGCUCGUCGGCGCGCUUCUGUGUGUGCUUGUCGCGGGUCUGCUGUUCUUCUUCCUCAGGGGAGACUCGGAUCGUUAUGGCAAGAUGCCACCUGGUCCGACCCCGCUACCACUGAUCGGUAACUUGCUGCAGGUGAACAGCAAAACUCCCCAUGACAGUUUUUUGAAGAUGAGCGAGAAGUAUGGACCUGUGAUGACUGUGUACCUGGGCCGUCAGCGUGCAGUGGUUCUGCUCGGGUUCGACGCAGUGCAAGAAGCGCUGGUGCAGCAGGCUGACGUGUUUGCUGGGAGGCCUGUGAUACCAUUGAUAGAGAAAAUCACUGGACCUUAUGGCUUGAUCCUAAGCAAUGGAGAGCGCUGUAAACAACUCCGCCACUUCACAGUUUCCGCACUGCGUAAUUUUGGAAUGGGAAAGCGCAGCAUUGAGGAGUGGAUCCAAGAGGAAAUAAAAUACCUCCUUGAGGAAUUCAGAAAAAACAAAGGUUCUCUAUGUGAUCCCACCAUGAUUUUGGGUCAUGCUGUUUCCAAUGUCAUUUGUUCCAUUGUCUUUGGUCAACGAUUUGAUUAUGAGGAUAAACUGUUUGUCCGUCUGAUAUCUCUCCUUAUCAAAAAUGUGCAGUUGGCCAGCACCCCUUUUGCACAGUUGUAUGCCAUGUUUCCAGCACUCAUUGAUUUAAUGCCUGGAUUUUACAACCAAAUGCGGGAGAAUGAAAAAGAAACUAGGGAAUUUAUUACAAAAAUAAUUGCGAACCACAAUGAGACAUUGAUCAGUGACAGCCCACGGGAUUAUAUAGACUGCUUUCUCAUCAAAAUGAAGCAGGAAUGUGGAAACCCUGCCACCGAAUUUCACCUUGAAAAUUUGAUCAGCACAGUUUCAAAUCUCUUUACAGCGGGUACAGAAUCCACCGGAACUACACUGCGAUAUGGACUGCUGAUACUCAUGAAAUACCGUAACAUUCAGGAAAAGGUCCAGAAAGAGAUUGACACUGUGAUUGGACAAGACCGUCUCCCCACUAUGGAUGACCGGAGGAAAAUGCCUUACACUGAUGCUGUACUCCAUGAAAUCCAGAGAUUUGUUGACAUUGUCCCUUUAAAUGUUGGACAUGAAACAACAAAGGACACGAUCUUCAGGGGAUACACCAUCCCUGCAGGUACAAUGGUGAUGCCUGUGCUUCAUUCAGUGCUGUAUGACAAAACCAAAUGGGAAACUCCUGACUCCUUCAAUCCUGGUCACUUCUUGGAUGAAAAUGGCUGCUUCAAAGUGAAUCCGGCUUUCAUGCCUUUUUCAACAGGAAAGAGAAUCUGUUUAGGUGAGGGUCUGGCCAAGAUGGAGCUCUUCUUGUUCUUCUGUUCUCUCCUGCAAAAUUUCUCUUUCUGCACCAAAGAGGACCCUGCAGAUAUUAGCUUGUUGCCAGUUUCCUCCACAUUCAUUAAGAGUCCCCAUCCUUACAAGCUAAUGGCCAUCCCAAGAUAACUGGGAUGAUUAAUGAACAAAGAGGCUUCUGAAGUGCAGUCAGCAGCUGAAAUUCAAAAGACUUCAAAUCCAUCCAUCCAUCCAUCCAUUUUCUAUCACUUUCCAAAGCCAGGUCACGGGGCACCAGUCUUAGCAAUGAAGCCCAUACGUUUGUUUCCCGAGCCACACUUGCCAACUCAUACUGUGGGAUUCCAAGGCGUUCCCAAGCCAUCAGGGAGAUAUAAUCACCUGAGUGAGCCCUAGGUCUUCCCCAGGGUCUCUUUCCAGCUAGUUGUGCCCAUAAAACCUCUAUGGGGAGACGUCUGGGAGUCAUUUGUCUCAGAUGCCCGAGACAAAUCAAUGUGGAGGGUCAGUGGCUCUACUCUGACCCUCUCCUGGAUGUUUGCAUUUCUUACCCUAACUCUAAGGGAGGGCCCAGCCAGCUUAUGGAGAACUCUUAUUUCGGCCACUUCCACCUGCAAUCUCAUUCUUAUAGUAAUUAUUCAAAGCUCAUGACCAUAUGUGAUGGUAAGAACGUAGAUCGACUGGUAAAUCUAGAGCUUUGCCUUCUGACUUCACCAGUACAGAUUGGUAUUGUGAUUGCAUAACUGCGAUUACUGCCCAAUCCAUCUGUCAAUUUCACCAUUCCUUUUUCCUUACUCAUGAACAAGACCCAGAGGUACUUAAACUCUUCCCCUUGAGGCAGCAACUCAACUCACACUUGGAGAGUACAGUCCACCCUUUUCCUACUGAGGACCAUUGUCUCAGAUUUGGAAAUGCUCUUAUCCCUGCUGCUUCACACUCAGUCAAAAACUGUGGCAAUGCAUGCUGCAGCUCACAGCUCGAUGACUCUAACAGGGCCAUGUCAUCUGCAAGAAGCAGUGUCACGAUUAUAAGGCCAACGAACUAGACCCCCACCCCUCCUCUGUUGCACCUUGAUAUCCUGUCCAUGAAAAUAAAGAGGAUUGGAAACAAAGCACAGCCCUAAUGGAAUCCCACACCCCUGGAAAUGGUGCUGAUGUUUUAACUAAUUAUAUGGACACAGCUCUCACUGUGAUUAUACAGAGACUAAAUAGCCUGUAUUAGGGGCUCCAAAACCCCAUACUUUCCCAGCACAACCCCACAGAAUCCCUCGAGGAGCACAUUCAUAUAUCUUUUCUAAGUCCACAAAACACAUGUAGAGUGUUGGUUGAACUCCCAUGCACCACCUGAAAUCCUCAUGAGUGUAAAGAGUUGAUCCACCAUUCCACGGCCUGGACAGAAUCCACAUUGCUCCUCCUGGAUUUGAGGUUCCACGACUGGGCGGAGUCUCCUUUUUAGUACCCUGGCAUAAGCUUUUCCAGGGAGGAUGAGGAGUAUGAUCUUCCGAUCACUGGAGCGCACCUUCUUGUCCCCCUUUUUAAAAAUGGGGACCACCACCCUGGUUUGUGACUCCAAAAGCACAGCCUAUGAUGACCAUACAACACUGAAAAGGUGUGUCAGCCAUAACAGCCCAACAAUGUCCAGAGGCUUCAGCAUUUCUAGGCAGAUCACAUCCACCCCUGGGGCUUUACCACUGCCUAGUUGCUUAACUACACCAGUGACCUACCUGAAAUCAUUUGUAUUUUAAUUAUAAAGGACUGGGUGACUAAGGAGAAUGAACACGUUAAAAAUUAUUUCAAGCUUUGUCAUCUAGUUCCAGCCUCUCUAAGCCAAAUCUUUUGGGAAUACACUAAAUAAACAUUACUUUGACAAAAUCUUUACACAAUUCUUAGACAGUGUUAGUGCCACAAUAAUGUUCCCAAACAGCAAUAGUUGGUGUACUCCUGGAUUGCAUUAAAUUGUAUAGGGAGAAACCAACUGCAAUAUCUUAUACCACACUACCAGCACAUAGACUUAUUUUCUUCAACUGGAAGAAUCCCAACUUACCUUCUAUAAGUCAGUGGAUAAGCAAUGUUCUACAUCAUCUCAAAUUAGAAACAACCAAAUUCAUUUUAAGGAGAUAUGACCAAAUUCUUUUUAAAACAUGGGAAUAAAGCAUUAGUACAAUUUUAGAAUAAGCAUUCCAGGCCCGUGAUUGACUCUUUUAUACUAUUAAUUGUUCUACGAUAUAUAUAUAAACUAUUGGAUGAGGGAAUUUAUGGUUGUGUCUUCUAUUUUUUUCUGUUUCUCUUUGGUGAAACUGAAUUUUUUUUCCCCCCUUUGUAUUUAUAUUUUUCUUUUGUUCUGGACUGAUUUUGAAGCAAAUCGUUCUAACUGUUAUGUAUCACUAUUUGAUUAAGUAUUAUGCCAUUGUAACAUUUUACUUCUUGAAAAAAUAAAAAUAUAAAAAAAUGAUGUUUUCAGUCAUAUUAUAGAUUUGGUUAAUUUUAAUAAAAAGUGUGCCUCAAAAAUGACUACUAUAA